AUGACUAUCGCUUUGGAUGUCAUCAUCACUUUAGAUACCAUUACCAUUAAUGAUACUGUCACUUUAGAUACUGUUGCUAUUGAUGAUGCUAUCGCUUUAGAUGCCGUUGCUAUUGAUACUGUUACUUUGUAUACUAUUACCUUAGAGUUGGUUAAUAUUGAUGAUGAUGAUGAUCAGACGAUAAACAAAAUAAGAAAUAUUGAAGUUAAACAUAUGAUAAUUGAUGUUGAAUCAACUCUAGUUUUUAAUUCUCUUGAUGUUAGUAGCUUAGCAACAAAUCGUCUAGAAUUUCCAAGUAAAGAAUUUGGAGAUUUUAUGAAAUUACUCAUUAAAUGGAAUUUGUUAGAUAUAUGUGAUACGUUAAAUGAAUUUCUUGAUUUAUAUGAUGAUUUGACUGAAGAAAUAGUCAUUAAUAAUACAGAAAUUAGUUGGUAUGAUCAUGCUAUUGUGGCUUCUAGUGAUUAUAUUAGAGCGAAGAGUAUGUAUUAUAAUGAAUUAUCAUUUAGUGAUGUAUCUAUUAAUAAGAGUGGAGAAGAAAUUAGAGAAUAUAAUAUAGACAAAGAUGCAUGUUUCGGUAAGGUUCUUAUAUUGAUUAAUGUUGAAAUUCAAAAUUAUUCGUUUAACCUUACACUUAUACAAUG